CAUUUUCAACUGUACGUAUUAUCUCAAAAUUGCCAAUAAUAAAUUAAUAAUGAAUAAAUAAAAAUAUAAAAUUUCCUUUGGGUGAAGAAAACGCUAUCAAGCACCAAAAGUAUCUUUAUUGCCCUCACUCUCUCUUUUUCUCUGAAAUUUUCUCUCUCUACCAAUUUGUUCUGCCGCCCAACGCCAUGACUGCCCCCUCUGCAUCCGCUCGCAAGGCGCUGAGCAAGAUCGCGUGCAAUCGGCUGCAGAAAGAGCUGGUCGAGUGGCAGGUGAAUCCGCCGGCGGGUUUCAAGCACAAAGUCACUGAUAAUCUUCAAAGAUGGGUGAUUGAGGUCAACGGUGCCCCAGGUACCCUUUAUGCAGGGGAGACUUAUCAGCUUCAGGUCGAUUUUCCGGAGCAUUACCCAAUGGAGGCACCGCAGUUAUGGAGCUUCUUGUUUGUUGUUCAUUGGGCAGAUAUUCUAUAUGACUCUUGGUCCCCAGCUAUGACUGUAAGUUCGAUUUGCAUCAGCAUCCUAUCUAUGUUGUCAAGCUCCCCAGUUAAGUCUACUUACAUCUGGGGGCCCAUGCAGCAACGGCCAGCUGACAACGACCGUUAUGUGAAGAACUGUAAGAACGGGCGAUCUCCCAAGGAGACGAGAUGGUGGUUCCAUGAUGAUAAAGUGUGA